AUGUCCGGAAAACUCCCCCCCACUCCGCAGGCUGAGCGUAAGAUGGCAAGUGUGAUGGGAACAUCAAGCGAAAAUAUGCAUUCAAACCUUGACAAUGAUACAACUUCCAGAAUAUUUUCUCAGGGCUUGCAGCAGAUGUCCUCUGAAGGUAUUCGCCGUGCUGCAUAUUACAAGGAAGCAGAACUUGAAUACCACCGGCAUCUCUCAAUGGUUUUGGUUUGGGAGGUAGAGAAGCUAUCAAGGCUCAAACACUUCCUCGAUUGUGAACAUCAGGAGCAGGAGGAACAAACAAGUCGGGCAUUUGAGGAGGCAGAGCUCUUUGCACGUAUGGUGGCUGAUCGCGAUUCAGAGCGUGCAUCCCAGGAUAUCGAGUUUGUCACUUUGCUCCGACAGCAGGAGACAACAAGGAUCACACAGUUGAAUACUGAGCUCGAUGAGCUCGAUCUCUUUCUUCCCAACCCCAACACCACUGACACAUACGGAGAUCUCCAUGACCUCAACACUGCUGACACACACAGAGAUCAAUCACAUGUCGGAGACCGCGCCAAGGAUGAGGUGGCAACAGGGCUGAGGUGA